CCGGGCCAUGGCGGCGGCGGUGGCGGGAGGUGCUGUCUGAGCGGCGGUUGCGGACCGAGCGAACUUGGCCCAGGAGCCCGGGCCUAGGGAGAGGCGCGGCGGCGGCGGGAGCGCGAACGGCUGGAGCUGGCCUUCUUCGCCUUCUCCUCGGCUGUGGAGCCCUGGUGGGGGGUCUGCGCCCGGUCACCAUGACGACGCCGGCGAAUGCCCAGAAUGCCAGCAAAACGUGGGAACUGAGUCUGUAUGAGCUGCACCGGACCCCGCAGGAAGCCAUAAUGGAUGGCACAGAGAUUGCUGUUUCCCCUCGGUCACUGCAUUCAGAACUCAUGUGCCCUAUCUGCCUGGACAUGCUGAAGAAUACGAUGACCACCAAGGAGUGCCUCCACAGAUUCUGCUCUGACUGCAUUGUCACAGCCCUACGGAGCGGGAACAAGGAGUGUCCUACCUGCCGAAAGAAGCUGGUGUCCAAGCGAUCCCUACGGCCAGACCCCAACUUUGAUGCCCUGAUCUCUAAGAUCUAUCCUAGCCGGGAGGAAUACGAGGCCCAUCAAGACCGAGUGCUUAUCCGCCUGAGCCGCCUGCACAACCAGCAGGCAUUGAGCUCCAGCAUUGAGGAGGGGCUACGCAUGCAGGCCAUGCACAGGGCCCAGCGUGUGAGGCGGCCGAUACCAGGGUCAGAUCAGACCACAACGAUGAGCGGGGGGGAAGGAGAGCCCGGGGAGGGAGAAGGGGAUGGAGAAGAUGUGAGCUCAGACUCCGCCCCUGACUCUGCCCCAGGCCCUGCUCCCAAGCGACCCCGUGGAGGGGGCGCAGGGGGGAGCAGUGUAGGGACAGGGGGAGGCGGCACUGGUGGGGUGGGUGGGGGUGCCGGUUCGGAAGACUCUGGUGACCGGGGAGGGACUCUGGGAGGGGGAACGCUGGGCCCCCCAAGCCCUCCUGGGGCCCCCAGCCCCCCAGAGCCAGGUGGAGAAAUUGAGCUCGUGUUCCGGCCCCACCCCCUGCUCGUGGAGAAGGGAGAAUACUGCCAGACGAGGUAUGUGAAGACAACUGGGAAUGCCACAGUGGACCAUCUCUCCAAGUACUUGGCCCUGCGCAUUGCCCUCGAGCGGAGGCAACAGCAGGAAGCAGGGGAGCCAGGAGGGCCUGGAGGGGGCGCCUCUGACACCGGAGGACCUGAUGGGGGUGGCGGGGAGGGUGGGGGUGCCGGAGGAGGUGACGGUCCUGAGGAGCCUGCUUUGCCCAGCCUGGAGGGCGUCAGUGAAAAGCAGUACACCAUCUACAUCGCACCUGGAGGCGGGGCGUUCACGACGUUGAAUGGCUCGCUGACCCUGGAGCUGGUGAAUGAGAAAUUCUGGAAGGUGUCCCGGCCACUGGAGCUGUGCUAUGCUCCCACCAAGGAUCCAAAGUGACCCCACCAGGGGACAGCCAGAGGAAGGGGACCAUGGGGUAUCCCUGUGUCCUGGUCUAUCACCCCAGCUUCUUUGUCCCCCAGUACCCCCAGCCCAGCCAGCCAACAAGAGGACACAAAUGAGGACACGUGGCUUUUAUACAAAGUAUCUAUAUGAGAUUCUUCUAUAUUGUACAGAGUGGGGCAAAACACGCCCCCAUCUGCUGCCUUUUCUAUUGCCCUGCAACGUCCCAUCUAUACAAGGUGUUGGAGAAGGUGAAGAACCCUCCCAUUCACGCCCGCCUACCAACAACAAACGUGCUUUUUUCCUCUUUGAAA